AUGGCUUCGUCGUCUCUUUGUCGUGCUUCCUUUCCGUUAUCGAGGACCCUGGUUAUUGAUGAUGGGUGCAGAGCUUGCACAGAGAGAGAAAUCCUUGACAUGUUGGACCAUCCUUUUCUACCUGCACUAUAUGCUUCCUUUCAGACCAAAUCACAUGUUUGUUUGAUUACUGAUUACUGCCCUGGUGGAGAACUGUUCCUGCUUCUUGAUCGACAGCCAACAAAAGUUCUUAAGGAAGAGGCUGCCAGAUUUUAUGCUGCUAAGGUAGUGGUUGCAUUGGAGUAUCUUCAUUGUCAAGAUUUUGAUUUGUCAUGUUUAACAUCUUGCAAGCCACAGCUACUUUUACCAGCCACGGAUGACAAGAAGAAAAAGAAGAAUAAACAACAAAAAGGUCAACAGGUUCCAGUGUUUAUGGCUGAACCCAUGAGAGCAUCAAAUUCUUUUGUUGGCACAGAAGAGUACAUAGCUCUGAAAAUUAUAUCUGGUUCAGGCCAUACUAGUGCUGUGGAUUGGUGGGCUCUUGGUGUUCUUCUAUAUGAAAUGCAUUUUAUGGGUUAUCCUGGUUUAAGUUUGAAUUGCGGCGGUUUUAAGAGCGAUGCAAAUAACCUAUUCCAUUUAGCGGCGGUUAUGCCAGCGGUUGCUGAAAACCGCCGCAAAAUGCAUUCCCCGCACCCUUAUGGACAGCGGUCUCUAAUUCGCUGGCGUUCUGUUUCGCGGCGGUUUGAAACCGCCGCAAAUUGGAGAAAUAACCGCUGCAAAGCUCUGUUUCUCUUGUAG